AUGCCUCCAAAAAAUCCCAAGAUCGAGUGCGACCUCGAGCCUUAUUUUCAGUAUCACAACAGGAUCGCCUCGUUCCUGGACUGGAAGCUCGAUUGGGAAAUCAACGAAGACAAGCCCUCCCCUGAGCAGCUCGCCCGUGCCGGCUUUUUCUCAUAUGACAAGGCCACUUACAAUGAUGACAAUGUCUCUUGUCCCUACUGUGGCCUGACCCUUGACAGUUGGGAACCUCACGACGAUCCUGUGCUGGUGCACCAAACGAGAUCUCCAUUCUGUCGCUUUGUGCUCGGUCGACAGACUGUGCGCAACAUGGACGACGCGGAAAACAGUGCCGUCCUGACUACCGCCUCAAAUGCCACCACGACUACCACCCAGACCCAGACCCAGGAAGCACUUGCAAACGAGCAGAACAAUGCGAGCCAAGUGCCUCGUCCGAAGCGACGGUACAUGACGCGAGCAAACGACAGCGUCGACCUGGACGGCCAAGGAAGCAACCUGCCUCCGGUUGAGCUGCCAACCGGCCACUGGAACGGAAUAAAGUGA